GAGGCAACAUCAGAGACUUCAGCAUACGGGUUAAAGAUCUGUCCAGGAUUACUGUUCUCUGCUCAGACUGAAUUUGUCAUUAUAGAGGUUUAAACAUGUGGGCAGAGAGUGACUUGUAUCCAGGUGUGCCGUGUCUCCAAAGCACUACAGAGCCUGUGAAUGGUAAUGUGUACCGAAUGUAUCACGGCACCACUGAAAAAGCAGCAGCACAGAUCAAAAUUCAUGGCUUUAAGCCAUCUGCAGGUGGCAUGCUUGGACGUGGCAUCUACCUCAGCCGAGAUCUUAACAAGGCCAGCAGAUACCCACUUGAUAAUCCGAGUGAGAGAGUCGUUAUCAGAGUGAAGGUCAAUGUUGGGAGAGUGAAGAAGAUUGACUGUCAAGGUCAUCCACUGCAGAAAACCUGGCAUGAUCACGGGUACGACACUGCCUGGUGUCCUCCAAACUGUCGCAUGGUGCCAAGUGGUCUUGAAGAAGACUGUGUUUGGGAUCCAAAUCGAAUUACUAUCAUUGAUGUAAUUCCACCAAGCCUUCAAAGUAGUGAAAAACCAGUUGAAGGUAAAGUCUACACAAUGUUUUAUGGCACAACUAAGGAAGAUGCAGAAAAAAUCAAAGCUUGUGGUUUUUGUAAGUCUGAUGGCAUGCUUGGGCAUGGAGUCUACCUCAGCCGAGAUGUAGAAAAGGCCUCUAAGUACCCUAUGCAUGUUCCUAACCAGCAGAGAAGUGUUCUGAGAGUGAAGGUUAAUGUUGGAAAAGUGAUACAAAUUGAUUAUCAAGGCCAACCAAUGCAAAAAAACUGGCAUGAUUAUGGGUUUGACACUGCCUGUUUUUUUGCAAGUGGUCUUGAGCAAGACUGUGUUUGGAAUCCGAAAGCAAUCACAGUCAUUGAUGUAAUUCGUCCAAUUUAAGGAGUAUGUGUUUUUUUUAUUAUGAGCAAUGAAAAUCCUAAAAUGUGUUAUCUUAAAAUACAAUGCUUUAUUGAGAAUUUGAUCAUUAUACUGCACUCUGCUGACUAUGUCUUGCAACAAUUUCUGAGGCUGAAGCUAGAGAAAUAAAAUAAUUAAAAAUGGGCUACUGUAAACACAUUUUUAGUUGCCUUGUAAUUAUGUGUCAUACCUUUUUUACUGACACUAUUUGUUAAUUCAUUGCUAAAAAACAAACAUGUCCAAGCCGAGUAAUGUUUUCCUUUUUGAUUUAAUAGUCUUUUAGGCUCUUGCAAUAUCACUAGACUGUAAAAGUAAUAAUUGUAAAAUUAAUAUUGUUUGUUGAGAGUUUAGUUAUUGUUAUCUUUUUUUGUAUUUUUGUUUGUAUUUAAUUACAUCAAUUGUGAUCCCUCCUGUGUGCAUGAAGAUGAUUUCAAAUUUGAAUUAACUAGGACAGUUAAUACUUUUCUUUUCAAUUAGAUUUUUUUGAAAUUUGAAUGAAACAUGUAAUAUAUUAUACAUUUUAAUAUUAUAAUAAUCUGCUUGUUUUUAAUCCAGUUUGAUGAAAAUCAUUAAACCUGUAAUAUUGAGAUGUAGAAUGGUAAACAGCUGUUUGUAUUGAAUAAACAAACAUUUUUGCGUGGCAGUCUUGUAUU